ACUCGCGCGUCACUUGUUUGGCGUCACGGAUUCAAAACAAACCUCCAAGGCGCGGAGUGGAGGUCAUUCUCCUGGUGUUCAAUUUUCGGCCUUAAUUCGCCAUCCUGGAUCUCAUAGCGGCUUCCACUUCACAUUAGCCGUGGUUCUCGUGUGGCAGGCCAGUGGAAACCAACCCUGACCACCGCCAUGCCCCGAAGGAAAGCCUCGCGUGUGCCGAGCCGGGCCCCACCCAAACUGCCAAAUGAGCCAAUCACUGAGGCCGAGAUGAACCAGGAAAAGCGCAAGGAAAAGAUGAAGCUGCUAUUGAGGGACUUUGAUUUUGAGGUGGAGACACGAAUAAAAAAGAUGGAAGCAGAGAUACAAAUUAUUGAAGACAGCAUCCAGCAGCUUUUCAAAAUGGACCUCAUGUCUUACCCAGAGGCCACACGCAACAAGCUAUGGGUAGACUACAUACAACAGGACGAUACCAAAACAACUGGUGUGGUAAAAGACAGUGUGAUCGACAUCCUCAGUUCUGCGGACAGUAUAAUUCAAUCAGUUGCCAAGAAGCGAGGACGGAAACCCAAAAAGAAAGAACCACAGCAGUCUGACAAUGAAGAUGUGGCCUUAUUACCUCCCUCAACAGCAACAAGAACAUCACAAAGGGCUCGACAAAGAGCGAUCUUAGCUUCCAGCCAGAGUGAGAAUAUGCCUCCUCCAAGUACAAGACCACAACGCACCAAGGCUCUGGAGCCACAAGCCACACCCAUGAACAGUGGCAUUCCUGCAAAUUUCUCCUCCCACCUGUUCAUCACUCCCAAGUUUGACCCCCGCACCCCACUCCCAUUAGGCACCAUCAAGAGGAAGCCACUAAUGGGAGAGGUUGCCAUCUCUCUCAAAGGCUCUCCUCUGCAGGUCUCCCCUCCACACAUUAUUGAGGAAAAUGUUGAGGACUGGAUAGAAAAGCUGAAGGUAGAGGAAAUGGAUGAAAAUAUGAGGUUAAAACUUAGGGAAUUUCACCAAAAAGUUGGAGACAUGCUCAAUGCGUAGAUGUUUUCUUGUUAUGUACUUGUGUGUCACAGGAUGAUCCAUGGAGAGCGAUCUGUAAUGCUGCUUGGCUGGCAUGUGUGUGUUUUGUGACCCUGAGAUGUAACAGAUCAGAGUCCAUAUCUGUGUACUUCCUGUGUGCUAUAAAAGAUGACUUUAUGAGGUGAGGAUAGAGAGUUGAUAGCCUUUCCCUCAGGAAUUUAAAAUUAACCAACAGAACAAGACACAGAAGCAGUACAUUUAUUUUAUCCAUAUUUAUUUUGUCAUUUUCAUCAUAGCUUCCCUAGAUCCCUUGGGAUACAGUUAAGAUGAAUAAGACCAUGUAAAACAUCACAACCAGGCUAUCAAAUCAAGCUCUUGGCAACCCUUCUCCAUCUGUCCACUACUUACCCAGGACUCCUUUCCAUCAUAACAAUAUCCAAAUUCCAUUAUUUAUGCAUAUUCUUGUUUUUACUUAUUUUCAUGCUCUUGCAGUAAGGGAAGUAUAGCCCAACUGCACUCUGGUUAGGCUAAGAGAACUGCUAGCCUGUUUACCAUGUGUGUGUGUGCAUGUGCACCCAUGCACAUGCACACCACAUUUCUCUUUGAGCGGAUGUUAGUGUGUGUGUGUGUGUGUGUGUGUGUGUGUGUGUGUGUGUGUGUGUGUGUGUGUGUGUGUUUGCACAUGCAUGUGUGUGUGUGUCACAUCUUGGCUCUUCCUCUUUGAGGGGAUGUGAGUCUGUUGUAUUAAUACAUUAUAAAAGGCAAGUUGAAAGGAACAGAGUAGGGACUGAAGAUCCCUUCUACAGUUUUAUUCACACAAUGAGGCAUGUGUGACAUCUUGCAUGGGCUACUUACUCCUUUUUAAGGGAGAUCUCGGCCUUAUAUGUAAAGAUAGUAAUUUUAUAGAUCUCUGUGCACUAACCAUUUAUGAGAUAGAUUUAGUUAAUCUUAGUUAAGAACAGUUAUGUAAUUCUUAUUUUGAUAGUAGACAAGAGUCAAAAUAUAUGUAUGUAUUCAUAAA